UUGCCAAGCGGGCUAUUUGAAUCCCUCCCCGCGAGUAUAAACUACAACUUUUUUUUCCCCUUCCAACUCAGUAGUGGGUCUGUCCACCAUGCGUGUUGUCGCCGCCAUCCUUCUGAGCGUUUCUUCCGCCUUUGCCUAUCAAGUCACGUCUCCCGGUGGUUCGCAAGGUUGGACCACUUCCGGUCCCAACUACUUGACAUGGAACCGUGUCUCCACCGACCCACUCAACUUCACAGCCGUGUUAACCAACACUAACACUACUGUUAUGCCUAUCAAUAACCAGGUACUCAAUGCCCUCGUUGACGGUACCGUUGGCACGAUUCAGUGCAACCCUCCCAGUGGGGGCUGGCCCACUGGCGAUGGGUUCCGUGUCAACCUUGCUCAGGAUGCCGAACACCUUGAUAGCUUGCUUGCUCAAUCCGAUCAGUUCAGCAUUACUGGGUCGACAACCACGGGUACCUCUACAAGCACGACAUCUGCUUCUAUCUCUGCCCUGACGUCAAGUGCUACCACUACGUCGGCUGGCACUGCCAGUUCGGACACGAGCACCACGCCUACUAGCUCGAGUGCUGCACUUCCAGGAGUCGAUACCCAGUCUGGACUACUCGCUGCCCUUGCUGCCCUGACUGCCUUCAUUACCACUGCGUUUUGAUUGAACUUUGUUGUGGACUAUUAGGUGUCAAUCUAAUAAUCCCUCGUUUGUCCUCACACUCGUUCUUUUCUUUGGUGAACGGCUCUGCGUAUUAGGUACUUUACGUUUUUGUGCAGGACUUGCUGGCAGUUGACUUUUGUUGGACGAUGGUGGUAAUUUACGUGUUGACAGCUACAAGGCUAAGAUGAGAG